CUGCUCCUGGUGCCAUGAAUGGAGAUGAUGCCUUUGCAAGGAGACCUAGGGUUGGUGCUCAAAUACCAGAGAAGAUACAAAAGCAUCCCUGGAGACAAGUCUGUGACAGUGCACUCUAUUUGGUGACUCUUAUUCCAUUCUACAAGGUGGGACGAGAGCCAGCCAGCAGCAUUAAAGCUCUACUGUGUGGCAGGGGAGAAGCUAGGGCCUUCGAUGAUAUUGCCAAAUACUUCCCUAAGAAAGAGUGGGAAAAGAUGAAAACCUCAGAGAAAAUCAUCUAUGUGUAUAAGAAGAGAAAGUAUGAGGCCAUGAAUAAACUAGGUUUCAAGGCCACCCUCCCACCUUUCAUGCGUAAUAAAUGGGCCACAGACUUCCAGGGGAAUGAUUCUGAUAAUGACUGUAACCGCAGGGAUCAGGUUGAACGUCCUCAGAUGACUUUCGGCAGGCUCCAGGGAAUCUUCCCAAAGAUCAUGCCCGAGAAGCCAGCAGAGGAAGGAAAUGAUUCGAAGGAAGUGCCAGGACCAUCUGGCCCACAGAACGAUGGGAAACAGCCGUGCCCACUGGGAAAACCAAGUACCUCUAAGAAGAUUAACAAGAGAUCUGGACCCAAAAGGGGGAAACAUGCCUGGACCCACAGACUGCGUGAGAGAAAGCAGCUGGUGAUUUAUGAAGAGAUCAGCGACCCUGAGGAAGAUGACGAGUAACUCUCCUCAGAGAUAUGACACAUGCCGAUGAUGGGAAGCAGAACUUGGUGACCUUUCAUGAACAUGGGCAUGGCUGCGGACCCCUCAUCAUCAGGUGUAUAGGAAGUGGAAGCAAGUGUUCACAACAGUGAAAAGUUGAGUGUUAUUUUUCUUAGUGUGCCAAGACUUCGAUGUUAGCGUUUCCGUUGUAUAUUCUUACAGUGUGCCAUUCUGUUAGAUAUUAGCGUUUUCAUUGAUAAGCAAGAUAUACUUAACGCAUAUUUCGGUUUGUGUAUCCACGCACAUACCUUAGAAAACAAGUAUAGUCAGGUAAUCUCCACAUAGAACAACACUGCUCUCCUCUCCCCCGAGAUGUGACUACUGAGGACAAGUCUGAGUGUUUAAUGUCAGAUUUUCUCCUCUGCAUUUACAAACCACACACACACACAGACACUAAGUACCACUAUAAGCAUCUCCCAUCUGCUUUUCCCCAUUGCCAUGCGUCCUGGUCAAGCCCCCCUCACUCUGUUUCCUGUUUAGCAUGCACUCCCCUCAUCUGAUUCCCUGUAUCAGUCACUAACAGUUAAUAAAACUUUGCAAAGUUC